CCCGCCGCCUCGAUUCACUGAUUCCAAAACACAUCACUUCGCUGUGCCGCUCCUCCUGCUUACAUCAACCAUUUCUGGAUCCUGUCAUCAUCUCUGCUGCUGGUGCUGGUGCGGGAGAGGUCGGGUUGGCAUUGGUUGCUUCUCAGCCAAUGACAGGCCGGCCAGCCACUAAUGCAACAGCUGAACAUGAACACGACAGGGACUGCAUCAUCGGCCACCCCAUCUUUCUGCUUGCUUGCUUGCUUGCUUGCUUGUCGUUGCGGCGGUGCGCCGAGACGCUUUGUUUAUGCGAACCAUGUUGCGUCGUCUUCGACCCUUCUCUUCUUCCCCAUCUUCAUCCUUCUUUUCUGUUGCUGUUGUUGCUCAGCCUCCCUGAUACCCCCACAGCAAAUCCCUCUUCUUCUCUUACCUUUCUUCUUCAUUGCAUUCACACAUCAUCUGUGCAUCGACCUUGUCCUGUACUUUUAGCGAAUCCCCCCGGCCUCGGUUUGAUUGUUGCUGCUUUUUAUCAACAUUGAGCAUUCAUUCAUCCAUCUUCUUGCGCCUGUCUGCCUUUCUUCCAUCCGUCAUCGUCAGUCAGAUCCAUCCCCCGAGAUACUCCCGUACGUAAACAAUUCAAUAAGCUUUUUCGCUUCACUUUGCCGACCACGGAGACGUGAAGCAUGUCAAGGACGAUCCCCUAGUGCUGUGAAAGAGAUUGGCCAUGGACACAGAAGCCCAUUCUAACUCAAUCUUUGUUUAGUCGCUGUUACUACCUCUCCCUCGUUUCCGCCAUCAAUCAGUCUUGUUGAUACCCCACGAACCCUUCUAUCGUUUCCCCUGUGAACCCUCACUCCCAUCGGCCCUUCGCCCAGAUCGCGGCACACCUCAGAAAACCGAUCCCCUCGAGAGGGUGCGAUAUCGUCACGACUCAUCACACCCUGCGCUGCGCCCAUAAUGCGCAUCAACACAUCUUACGUGCAAAAGUGCAAGACGGUGGCACAUUUCUUCCAGGGGCUGGUCAUUUUCAUAGCGGGGUGCAUAACCAUUGCUAUUUUGACACAAGAUGGAGAGAUCGGAGGUCCCACGAGGUACUAUUUCGCCAUGUGCUUUGUCACCCUCCCUGCUCUGAUAUACUUGACUAUGGUUCCCAUGUGGAGUAGGGCACAAAAAUUCGCAAAUGCAUACGCUUUCGUUGCGCUGGACGCGUUGUAUACGGUCUUAUGGCUCGCUGCCUUCAUGUCUGUCGCUAUAUGGAAUACACAGGGUGUGACGGAGGGAGCUGAAGAGAGGAAGCUGGAGGAACGAAACUGCACGACGUUUAAAUAUGGCCCCGAAAGCAAAUGCAAUCUGUCCCGCGCUACAGUGGGAUUAGGUGUUUUCAUCUGCGUGCUAUUCGUAAUCACCACCGCCAUAUCCGGCUACUACGUUCGUUCCUUCCGUAAAGAAGGUGUCCUCCCUUACGAAGCUUCUAAGGAAGAAUCCCAAUACCACGCAACCGGCGGCGACCCAUCUUCGGCCAAAGACCCAACAUGGUCCACGGAAAUGCAACCACACGACCACUCAGACGAUGAAGAAGACCGCCGCACCGAGCACGGUGGAAACCAAGCAGAUGACGAGUACGCCCUUCUCCACGGUACCGAGACCGAUGAAGGCCGCCACCCUGGUCGUCCGCUGAGCUGGGGCAACGAUCCCCGCAUGGGGCGAUACGCAGCGUACGAUGACGGGGCAGUGGAUGCUGCGAGCGCCCUCAGUCCCGGCGGCUACGAUGAUUACCGGCGCGAUGCUCACAUCGGUAUGCACGCGUCACCGACUCCUCCCCCGCCAGGCCCGCCGGCGCUGGGCAACUACUCCACGGCGUACGCUGGGGCUGCUGCGCCUGGCGCGCCAUUACCUAUGCCCAUGGGCCCUGUGUCGCCGCCAUCGCCGAAACCCCAUGGUGGUGGCCAGGGAUAUAGCUUUAGCGGGUAA